AUGGCAAUCCUACCCAGCUUUCCUAUCGUUCUUGCUGCAGUUUGCAGCCUGGCUGUCGGCUACUUCCUCAUAAAGCUCUGCAAGGCUCGAGCAAGCUUCUACUACAACAAGGUCAAGAAGGGUUAUCCAAUGCCACCGUGGAACCCGAUCCUUGGACAUCUCCUGGUACUCAACAAGGCAUUCAAGAAGUACAAUCUAACUCGAGAUAUGCAUAUGGAUGACAUAUUUGGGGCAAUUUCGAAAGAAUUCGUCGAAUCGGACUCGCUCUUCUACGUUGAUCUGUGGCCAUUCUUGAAUCCAAUGGUAUUGAUCUCAUCCCCAAAGUACGCUCAACAGGCCGAGCUCGUUCAAGAUCGCCCAAGUGAUCUCCUCUGGUCUAUGCAUCCCGUUACUGGCGGACCGAGUGUGUUUGCUACCAAUGGCACAGAGUGGAAAGAUACAAGGAGUCUACUUCUUCCCGGGUUCAAACCGAACUACAUCUUCAAUCAGAUUAUCUAUUCUAUAGAUGGAGCAGAGGCACUGGACAUGGCUUUCCGAAUCAUAGCCAAGGGUCAGAAUCUCGUCCAGCUUGAUCGCUUUUUCUUGGAAUAUAUGAUGAAAUUAGCGGAUGGUCAACAUUGUAAUGCCGGCAAUCUACUAUCCCAAGAACGAUUCGAGGCUUUCACGAAGGCACUACGCAGCAACAUGGAUUGGCAUUAUCUAGGGGAUAGCAUAAGCUCAAUUGUUCGACGGACCCCAAUUAUCCAACUAAUCAACAGCUACAACACACGUAUCAUGAACCGAUAUCUAUCUGAUGUUAUGGAUGAGAGGUAUUUGGAAUGGCGAGCUGGAAAGGUUUCGUCACUCUCGUAUUCGAACAAGUCUACGCUUGAUCUUAUCCUUGCCGAUUACAUGUCCAAGCACAAAGACAAGGUCCCUGAAGUAUUAGACACAGCUUUCAAGAAUUGGGCCAUCCCGCAGCUGAGGAUUAUGUUCUUUGUGGGACAUGAUUCAGGCACAGCAACAUUGUCCUAUACCUUCUACCUUCUAUCGAAAAACCCGUUAGCACUUGAGAAGAUGCGUGCUGAACAUGAUGAGGUCUUCGGAAGCGAUGUUACCGCAGUCUCUUACCUCUUGCGUACGCAACCGAAUCUACUCAACAAGCUCACAUAUACGACGGCCGUCAUCAGGGAAGUCCUUCGCCUAUUUCCUCCUGCCUCAGGAUUUCGCCACGGGAAAUCGGGAGCUCAUCUGAUUGACGAGAACACUGGCAAUCACUAUUCAGUUGAGAAUGUCAACAUCUGGAUCCUUCAUAGUGCACUUCACAGGAACCCACGAUACUGGAAGGAUCCCUCUGAGUUCAAACCUGAGCGCUUCCUGGCAGGCCCGAAUGAUCCGCUCUACCCAGUCAAAGGGGCUUGGAGGCCUUUCGAGCAUGGACCACGCGACUGUAUCGGACAGGCGCUUGCGAUGACAACUCUAAGGGUCACUUUAGUCAUGUUGGUCAGGUCCUUCGACGUGAAGCCAGCAUACGAGGAGUGGGAUUACUUACACGGUAUUUCGCUGGAGAGUGCCCCUAAGUAUGAGGGUGAAAGGGCUUACCAAGCCGGGCAGUCUGGCGCGCACCCAGCUGAAGGCAUGCCUUGCCGUAUUUCCUUACGCCAGUAG